AUGAGUGAUCACCACAACAUGCCUCACUUCAAGCUCGUUCUUAUUGGAGACGGAUCCACAGGAAAGACUACCUUUGUUAAACGCCAUAUUUCUGGUGAAUUUGAUAAAGUGUACGUGGCCACUGUGGGCGUCGAAGUCCAUCCACUGGUGUUCCAUACCAAUUGCGGCCCGAUUUGUUUUGACACAUGGGACACUGCCGGACAGGAAAAGUUUGGGGGUCUCCGCGACGGAUACUAUAUCCAAGGUCAAUGUGGCAUCAUUAUGUUUGACGUUACCUCGCGAAUCACUUACAAGAAUGUUCCGAACUGGCAUCGCGAUUUGAUACGUGUCUGCGAAAACAUCCCGAUUGUUUUGUGUGGAAAUAAGGUCGACAUCAAGGACAGAAAAGUGAAGCCCAAGUCCAUCACUUUUCAUAGAAAGAAAAACCUUCAGUAUUAUGACAUUAGUGCCAAGUCUAACUAUAACUUUGAAAAGCCCUUUGUGUGGCUGGCCCGCAAGCUUACUGGAAAUCCGCAGCUUGAGCUAGUGCAGGCACCUGCUCUCCUUCCUGCAGAACAAACUGUAGAUCUAGAUUUGAUGAAACAAUAUCAACAAGAUUUGGAAAUCGCCAAGACCAUGCCUAUUCCAGAUGAUGAUGAGUUCUAA